UGUCAAAUUUUUAUGCCGGCAUUUUCUUCGUUCGUCCAUAGUUUAAAAAUGUUCGUGGGCUUGAAAUAAAAGUUUUCAUAAUACAUAAAUUGAUUAUAUUCGGUCAUUCGGCUUGAAAAUAUAAAUAUUAUUCUGACCACCCAAGAUUACGUAUUGUUAAAUAUUUAAGCACUUAAUCAGUUGUGGCAACAGUUAGCACGCUUCGCUUUCCUGUAAGCAAUCAUGGAUACGGAUUUGUACGACGAAUUUGGCAACUACAUCGGGCCGGAUUUAGAGAGUGACGAAGACGACGAUCAAAGUUUGUACGGACAACCGGACCAGCAGGAUGAUCUCGAUCUGGAUGACGGCAUGGAAGAAGAAGCCGAGCAAAGCGAGGAUCCUGCCACUUCUCGAGCGGUGGUCCUUCACGAGGACAAACGAUAUUAUCCAUCUGCACUGGAGGUAUACGGAGAAGAAGUUGAAACCAUCGUGCAAGAGGAAGAUGCACAACCGCUGGAUAAACCCCUUAUUGAACCGGUCAAGAAAGUAAAGUUUCAGAUCAAAGAACAAGAACUUCCUGACACUACAUACAAUAUGGAAUUCUUAGCAGAUUUGAUGGAUACUCCGACGCUCAUCCGAAAUGUGGCUUUAAUCGGCCAUUUGCAUCAUGGAAAAACUACAUUUGUUGACUGUUUAGUACGACAGACGCAUCCGCAAUUUCAGGACAUGGACGAGCGAAAUUUGCGUUACACAGACACACUAUUUACUGAACAGGAACGCGGUGUGAGCAUUAAAGCUACCCCAAUAACGCUGGUCCUGCCGGAUGUGAAGAGCAAGAGCUUUUUGAUAAACGUUUUUGACACUCCAGGGCAUGUGAACUUUUCGGACGAGGUAACUGCCGCAAUGCGUCUGUGCGACGGUGUUGUUCUUUUUGUGGACGCCGCGGAAGGGGUGUCUUUGAAUACGGAAAGAUUGCUGAAGCAUGCUAUUCAGGAAAAGCUGGCCAUUACUGUUUGCAUCAACAAGAUCGAUCGCCUGAUGCUGGAACUAAAACUGCCUCCCCAAGAUGCUUACUUUAAACUGAAGCACAUAGUAGAAGAAAUCAAUGGUCUAUUAACUCUGUAUGGGGAUUCGGAUGUGAAGCAAGUGUCUCCCAUUUUAGGCAACGUAUGUUUUGCCAGUUCCUUGUAUGGUAUUUGUUUCACGCUGAAAUCCUUUGCUCGGCUUUAUGCCGAUACGUACGACGGAGUCAACCCAGCGGAGUUUGCACGCCGACUUUGGGGUGACAUGUACUUCCACAAUAAAUCGCGCAAGUUUACCAAAAAGCCGCCGCAUAGCUCAGCUCAUCGCAGCUUUGUAGAGUUCAUCUUGGAACCUCUGUAUAAGCUAUUUGCGCAGGUUGUUGGCGACGUUGAUACUACGCUGGUUGACACACUGGCUGAAUUGAACAUCCGUGUAACCAAGGAAGAAAUGAAAUGCAACAUUCGUCCUCUGUUACGUUUGAUCUGUAAUAGAUUCAUUGGGGACUUUUGCGGAUUUGUGGAUAUGUGCGUAGAACACAUUCAAUCACCACUGGAAAAUGCCCAAACGAAAAUCGAUCAUAUCUAUACCGGAGUGAGAGAAAGUGGCAUCUACCAGGAUAUGAUGAACUGUGAUCAGAGCUCGCAACUGAUGGUGCAUACUUCGAAAAUGUACCCUACCGAAGAUUGCACUUUCUUUCAGGUCCUCGGUCGCGUAAUGAGUGGAACAUUGCAUGCAGGUCAAGAAGUUCGAGUUCUGGGCGAAAACUAUUCGUUGAUUGACGAAGAAGACUCUCGUACCUUGCAAGUAGGUCGUUUAUGGAUCUAUGAAGCACGAUACAAAGUCGAAUUGAACCGCGUCCCGGCGGGUAACUGGGUUUUAAUCGAAGGAAUCGAUCAGUGCAUAGUCAAGACUUCCACCAUUACGGACGUCAAUAUGAACGAAGAUGUGUUCAUUUUUAGACCGUUGAAAUUCAACACUCAGAGUAUCAUCAAAAUUGCGGUAGAACCGGUCAAUCCUUCGGAGCUGCCGAAAAUGUUGGAUGGGUUAAGGAAAGUGAAUAAAUCAUACCCUCUACUAUCUACAAAAGUUGAAGAGUCUGGCGAGCAUGUCAUUCUAGGAACUGGCGAACUGUACCUGGAUUGCGUCAUGCAUGAUCUGCGAAAAAUGUACUCUGAGAUUGACAUCAAAGUAGCGGACCCAGUGGUGGCAUUUUGCGAGAGUGUAGUCGAGACAAGUUCCUUGAAAUGCUUCGCCGAAACGCCGAAUAAAAAGAAUAAAAUUACCAUGAUUGCGGAGCCGCUGGAAAAGGGACUGGGUGAGGACAUCGAAAACGAAACUGUUUCCAUUGGUUGGAACAAGAAAAAGCUAGGAGAGUUUUUCCAGAUCAAUUACGAUUGGGACUUGCUUGCUGCUCGGUCAAUUUGGGCUUUCGGACCAGACAACACAGGUCCCAAUAUUCUUGUGGACGACACACUUCCAUUCGAAGUGGACAAAGCUCUACUGGGGUCGGUAAAGGACUCAAUCAUCCAAGGAUUCCAAUGGGGCACCCGAGAAGGUCCACUCUGCGAAGAACCAAUUCGAAAUGUCAAGUUCAAAAUUCUUGAUGCCGUAAUUGCGCAGGAGCCACUGCAUCGAGGAGGUGGUCAAAUCAUCCCAACAGCCCGGCGUGUAGCCUAUUCUGCGUUUCUAUUGGCCACACCCCGUCUCUGUGAACCGUAUCUCUUUGUAGAAGUGCAAGCACCUGCCGAUUGUGUUUCUUCCGUUUAUUCCGUCCUAGCCAGACGUCGGGGUCACGUUACUCAGGACGCGCCUGUACCAGGUUCCCCGUUGUACACCAUCAAGGCAUUUAUCCCAGCAAUCGAUUCGUUUGGAUUUGAAACCGACCUCCGGACGCACACUCAAGGGCAGGCGUUCUGCCUGUCGGUGUUCCACCAUUGGCAGAUUGUCCCUGGUGAUCCGCUGGACAAAAGUAUCGUCAUCCGACCGCUAGAACCGCAACCAGCCACGCACUUGGCGCGUGAAUUUAUGAUAAAAACCCGCCGGCGAAAGGGUCUUUCUGAGGACGUUUCGAUCAAUAAAUUCUUCGACGAUCCUAUGUUGCUGGAGCUAGCCCGCCAGGACGUCCUGCUCAACUAUCCCAUCUAAGCAAGGUAAGGACUUCGGAUUAGGAACUUCAAAACAAUAUAGAUAAGGUUUUUCAUUGCGUUCCACUAA